AUGUAUAAGUACAAAUAUAUUUUAUACAUAACAAUCAUAAACAUAACAUAUAUAAUACAACAAACCAAAGGUUUCAUAGCGUACGACUGCUCAGGCAGUAAAAUGAACAUAACAUCAUUUAACACAUUAAAUGUAGAUUAUUGUUCACCCCCCAUACCAAACAAAAUAGAUAAAAUACCAUUAAUCAAAUUACUACAAACAACAGAAUCAAAACAAAUACAAUAUCAAGCAUGCUACAUAGUAGCUGACUUCUUAAUCACAAAAUGCGCUAGCCUUGACGAUGCACAAAUCGUAAGAAAUGGGUACUUUACAGAACUUAUACAAAUAGGUGCAGCACAAUGCGCAGAUGCACACUUGCAACGUUCAUACACAUUUUUUCAAGGCAUAACAGCGAACAAAAUAAAAAUAAACCAAACCAUGUACUUUUCGGAUGUAAUCAAGGGCCAAGUCAACCGAGAUGGAGACUGCACUGGAGAAACAUUCAGAACAGACAAGUAUGAAUGGGACAACGUACUAGUACAAGCAAAAUAUAAAAUACUAUUAUCAGAAGGUAUGGCAACUGCAAAUAGCAGAGAUAACGUCAUAAUACUUCCAACCGGAACUCGUCUAAAACUAUCGGACGGAUACGGAAUCGACUCACAUAAAGGAGAAAUAAUAUGGAAACAUAACCAACAAGAAAAUUGUAACACUAAUGAUUACGACACUCUAUAUGAAGGGCCAGCUACACUAAUAACAUCCAUACAAUCAUAUAACUCAACUACUGAAAUUCAAACAAUUUUAGUAGAAUCGGACAAAAUUGCAUUCGCUCUACGCAAAAUGGGUAUGGACUACGCAUGCCACAUACCAGUUUUUCGAACUGAACAUCCAAGAUUAUUUAUAUUAACCGACCAAGCAAACAUACAUUUUUUCCACACAAAACCAAUCUCGACAUAUAACACAGAUUUGAUGGCAUACAUAAAUACUAAGUUUGUUUACAUACAAAACAUUUUACAAGCUUCCAUCACUUCAAUGUAUUUCGAUUUAGUUACAAAACAAUGUAACUUAGAAAGAAGUAUACUCUUGCAAAAACUUUCGUUAGCCUCUUACAGUCUACCAGAAUUUGCAUACGCAAUGGGAGAAGGUCCGGGCUACACUGCAUUAAAAUCAGGAGAAAUAGUAUACCUUAUUAAAUGCAAACCUGUAGAAGUUGAACUAGAUAGAAGCCACAAAGCUUGUUUUCAGGAACUUCCAAUAAUACACAACAAACAAAAAUUAUUCAUGGCACCAAAAACGCACACCUUACAAAAAUAUGGUACUGAAAUCGACUGCACAUUCAUACUACCAGCCGGAUAUUUCAUGGAAGAUGAAUGGAUAAGCAUGUCACCUCAAUACAAUGAACUAGGUUCAGGCAAAACACCUCAAUUAUUAAAACCACAAACAACUUGGACAUGGGCAUAUAAAAGUCCACAACACCUAAUGAACGCAGGCUUAUACUCAAGCGACAUGAUUAACGCUUUACAAAAACACCUAUUAUUUCCUCAAGAAGUUUUUGCAGCUCAAAGCAACCUAGCAAGAGAAACAAUGGGCUACAACACUCUUGAUCAAGGACUAAAAAUAAGACCUUAUAUCGAUGAACAACUCAUAAGCAAAUUGGUCGAAGAAAAACUAAACAAAAUGUGGGGCUGGUUUGUAGGUUUUGGUAAUUUCAUAUCUGGAUUAUUAGGUGUAUUUGUUAUAUGGAAAAUCUUUAUGAUAUGUCUAAACACAACAAUCAACAUGUCAAUCUUAUAUCAAACUUUUGGAUUUAGCUUUAAAGUACUGGCAGGUUUAUUUGCAAGCAUGACACAUUAUUUUAUGCAUAAAUCACAUACUAAAGCUAAACAAAAUACACAAAAUAAUGAAAAUGAAAAUCCAGAGACAUACUUAUUAGACAAUAUUACAGAACAACCUAUAUCACAACCUACACCACAACCUAGACAAAUCUAUCCAUCACUAAAUAUAAAAAACACACAACACCAAGAUCUUAGAAGAUCAUUAUAA